AUGGACGGACUAAACAACUUCCGAACAGCCCGCGUGGCCGAGAUCUUGGGGGAUUUCCAGAACAUCCAAUACUACAUCGCUGCCGCUCCUAUUGAUCCUCCCAACAUGGACGACUACUACACAGAAGGCUGGGCUACCCUCCGCCAGUGCAACCUCGACGGGCAGCGCAUCCUGAACUGCGGUGCAGACACGAGCGUGCCCGUCACAAGUGGAGGGCCAGACGAGCAGGCAAAAGCGGAGCUAAAGCAGGUCCUUCUUGAUGCCUACGCCAGACGUCACGAGGCACAGAAGAUCUACCUGCGCCAGGCUGCUGCCCAGCGAUGGAUCGAGUGCCGGGAACAGAUCCUCAUGGGCGGCCGGCCCAAUUCAAAGAACCAAGCGAUGCUCCGCCAGGCGGAUCACCGACUGCGAUCAGAGCUCCAUUCCAUCACCGACGAGACAAUCUACAAUUCGCUUCAGGGUUCAGACCUGAACUUGAACCGCUGGACGGCCGAAGACCCUAGUCUUCGGAGCGUGCAGCGCUGGGUCCGUACCCGACGAUAG